AUAAUGACAUAGUUCCUACUAUUUUCGACUCAGCCAUUUUAAGACUUUUCAAAUUAAUCUGUUCACCAAAUUACAACGUUGAAUAGCCGAAAUUAUGCUCUAGCUCUGCGGACGAUUUCAUCAUAGGUUAACGUUCGUUUUAUGUCUGCGGUAUAUAUCAACUUACACAAUCAUUUUUGGCACUUAACCCACGCCUGAAUUUCGUAAGUGUAAGAUAAAAAAAGGAGUGGAUAAUUUAUUCGAAUGAUUGGUCAGUGUGAAAGAGAAUCCGGAGAUUGCGACUGGUGUGGCAUGAUUGCAGUAAGUAGAAAGCACCUUCUUCGUUCGAAGAAACCAAUGCGAAUUUGCAAAUCCUUAAGCCGGAUUGGUCGACGAUUCGUGUGGGAUUCAGCGACAACCCUUAUAGAUCGAUGAAGCAGAUCCAUGAGUCAAUCGUACCUGUGUCGACUUGAGUUGAACUCGUAGAAGCCAGUCUUGCGCGCAAUUUACUUCGAAAGGAUGUUUUGGUGCUACAGCUUUCUGACAUUUCUUCUAUUGGGCAACACAUAUGGUGACAUGUUGAAGAGCAGAGUGCGACGCCAAGAUUCAUCCUCACAAAGUGGUCAGCUGAUAGACAGCAUCUUCAACAUUCCAAUCACAGCGAUUAGACAAACCGCCUCAGCCAUCCAAAUUAUUUCGCCAGGGAACACGCAGAGAAUUGACAGUAUUGUUAAGAUCCCUGUCUCAACUUUACAAGCUGUUGGCACACUCGUAAAAACUACAAGGGAGCAGGGGCAACAAAUUCCGGACAAUAUUCAAGCUCGUCAAGAGAGGAGAGAACGGAUCUUGGCUCUAAAGGAACAAAAAAGAAAGCGAAAAGAAGAAAUUCAAAAUCAGCGAUUGCUGCAGCAGCAAUUGAAGAGAACUGUUAGGCAUCACAAGGACCCACUUGGAUUAAACGCAUUGAGUGAUCUUUUGGUUGGACAUCAUGUUGGUGGACUUUUAGGGCAUCAUUCUGGAUUGGGUGGAAUCCACAGAGGUCAUAAAAUUGGUCACGGCCUUCACAAACCUCAAUUCAUUCACCAUGGCAUUCAUGAUGGACAUCUGGGAAAUCGUCCGCAACAUACCUACGAGGUACAUGAGGAUAUUAAUGAAGAUACAUCUUUCUCUUGGCACGGUUUGACCGCAGGGUUUGGCACUUUUACUGGAAUUCGACCUUCUAGUACUUCUAUCAAAAUCGAAAAUAAAGUCGCUCCUAAGGAGAAGAUUAAAAAUAAACUGGCGCACGGCGAAUAUGACGAUCCGUUGGAAAAUAAAAUUGCUCCUAGAAAUGGAAGAGUAGCAUUUGUGCAAUAAUGAUGUAAAUACGUAAUAAUGAAAAUAUCAGAUGUAAACUUAUUCUUACGAUAGUUACAAAUACUCGCCAAAUUUACAUUGCUCACAUUCAUUAUUUUCUGUACUUAUUCUCAUUAUAAGAA